AUGUACAAGAUGCACUUCUUGUCCUGUAUUGCACUAACUCUCGCAUUCAUCGCAGACGGUGCACCUACCUCGAGCUCCAGCCAGGAAACACAGCAGCAGCUGGAGCACCUGAUACUGGAUAUGCAGCGGCUUCUGAAUGGAGUCAGCAAUUACAAGAACUCCAAGCUCCCCAUGAUGCUCACGUUUAAGUUUUACAUGCCCAGGAAUGCCACAGAAUUGAAACAUCUGCAGUGUCUAGUAGAAGAACUUGAACCUCUGGAGAAAGUGCUAAAGUUAGAGAAAAGCUUGAGCAAUAUUACGGAAUUAAUGAGCAAUGUCAAUGUACUCGUUCAGAACCUGAAGGGACCUGAAACGAGAUUCAAAUGUGACUAUGAUGAUGAGACAGUGACCAUCGUAGAAUUCCUGAACAAGUGGAUUACCUUUUGUCAAAGAAUCUUCUCAACACUGACUUAAGUGCUUCCCAUUUAAAAUGUAUCAGGCUUUCUAUUUAUUUAAAUAUUUAAAAAUUAUAUUUAU